UGUCAGUACCAAAAAGCGGUAACCUCGAGCUACACUCGGGCUUACCAUGCGGUGUUGCAUAGGGAGUCCCUGCAGAGCUUACCUUGUCCUUCGCUCCCGCGAUGUGUCCCCUGCAGCGUCCCCGGCCAUCUCCUCCGGCCAAUGCCGGCAUCCGGCUUCUGUGUUCCGGUCCCUGUGACGUCGGGACGUACGGGCGCGGCCGGCAGCGGGAAAUUUGAAAAUUUUAAAAAAUGUCAUUUUUUUCAAAACAAGUUUUACAUAUGCUUUGUCCUGUGCCCUGCCUGCAUUUUUACUGUUCUUUCU